AAUUCUUUCUUGACUCAAAAUCCAGGAGUCUCCUUUCCCUAUUCUCUCUCUCUCUCUCUGCAUCUUUUUCUUUUGGUGAAGACUCUUUCUCUAUAUCACUCCUUAAAAUCGAAAUUGGUUUCUUCUGGUCAUCGUUGAAGACAGGAAAAGGGGGAAGAUGUUGAAGGAAGGAAUGAUUUGAUUGGUUGAAUGAACAGGGAAGCAGGGCCCGGAGCUUGUCGCGGUUGGGGUUCUGCCAAUCUUGAAAUCGUUCUAGAUUCAAAGAUGGGCAUCGUCACGAUUCAGAAACAACCACUCUCUUAUUGGCUGUCGGAGCAUCCGGCGAUCGUGGGUUUUCGAUGGAGUCACAGCCAUUCGUGGGGGUCCACAUGGUCCUUCCUAUUCACCUCCAUAGCCGCCUACAUCACCCUCUCCAUUUACCUCCACCUCGUCUUGACCCUCUUCCGCCGUCGCCGUCCGGUGCCGAUGGGUCCCAUUCCGGCAAUUCACAGCCUCUCCAUGGCUCUUCUCUCCGUCGUCAUCUUUGUCGGGAUCCUCCUCUCCACCGCCGCUGAGAUACGUGACACACGGUGGUUCUGGCGGCGUUCCAAGACCCCUUUCCAAUGGCUCCUCUGCUUCCCCUUGGGGACUCGACCCAGCGGCCGCGUCUUCUUCUGGUCUUACGUUUUCUACCUCUCUCGCUUCCUCCACUUGCUACGCACCUUCUUCACAAUCCUCCGUCGCCGGAAACUCACAUUCUUUCAGCUCUUCAAUCAAUCCAUUCUCAUCUGCAUGUCCUUCCUCUGGCUCGAAUUCUCGCAAUCGUUUCAGGUCUUAGCCAUACUUUCAACCUCUCUGCUGUAUUCGGUGGUCUACGGGUAUCGGUUCUGGACGGCAAUUGGGCUUCCCAGCGCUUGCUUCCCCUUUGUGGUGAAUUGUCAGGUAAUGUUGUUGGGUUGCAACUUGGUCUGGCAUGUUGGGGUUCUUCUCUUGCAUCUUCUGAAAGGUGGGUGCAAUGGAAUUGGGGCUUGGAUCUUCAAUUCUGUAUUGAAUGGUGCCAUUCUAUUGCUUUUCUUGAACUUCUAUGUGAAGAUGCAUCUGAGGAAGAGAAAGAUCGUUGCCAUCAAAGAAGACCCUUCAACAAUCCAUCCAUGCUCUGCCUCUGCAUCUGCCAUGGAAUCGAAAAGAGAGAUGCAGAAGAUUGAAGAGAAGAAGGAUCUGUGAUUUGUCUCGAAGCUUGUAUUGUAACUGUAAUAUGCAUCCAUGGAUUCAGGGGAGAAGGACACAAUCAAAUCAAUUCCACCCCAUUUUUUUUGUAUAGAAUCUAACAUAUAAUAAUAAUAAUAAUAAUGAUAAAGAUUGUGGUGAUCA